AGCACAGUGAGAAAGGAGCGAGCUUAUAGAUAGAUAGAGAGAUGGCGAUGCAGCGCGAGGUGCGCACUAGGCCCCGCUCCUUCUCCCCGUCCCCGGUAGAGUAGCAAUAGCAAGUAUACUAUAGCAUAGCUUGCCCGCCGCCGCCACCUCUGGGCUUGGGGAAAUGGAGCAGCCGCUCACUGCCUCACUGGCGCCGCACCUAGUGAAGUGAAGCUGCUUUCUUGAGCUCCAGCACCCAACACGAGGGGGAGAGAAGUAGCUCUCGUGCUGUGAUUGCUUGCUUCCGUCCGCUGCAGUCGAUCGAGGAGCCGCUGGCCAUGGACGCCUACGAGGCCACCAAGGUGGUGUUCUCGCGGAUCCAGGCGCUCGACCCGGACCACGCCACCAAGAUCAUGGGCUUCCUGCUCAUCCAGGACCACGGCGAGAAGGAGAUGAUACGCCUCGCCUUCGGCCCGGAGGCGCUGCUCCAGACCGUCAUGGCCAAGGCGCGCAAGGACCUCGGCCUGCUCCCGGCCACGCCCACCUCCGCCGCCGCCGCCGCGCACUCGCCGUUCCUGCUUUCGCGCCAGAACUCCGGCCGCUGCGGUGCCGCCGCCGGCACCGCGCCCUCGCCGCUCUCGGUGUCGUCGCCCUCGUCGUGGGCGCCGCCGCCCGUGUUCUCACGGAGCAACAGCGUCAGCAAUGGCGCGGCGGAGGAGAUGGCCGGCGUCGGGGAGGAACUGACGAGCCCGGCGAACGGGAACGGCCCGCCGUCGCCGUUCUUCGCCGCGCCCGCCGGGGACCCGCUCCUCGACGAGCUCCAGAUGCAGGAGCAGCUCGCGUUCCUCAACGACGCGGGCGCGGGGGCCGGGCACCAGCUGCCCCUGUUCGACGGCACCGAGCGCCGAAGCCCCGGCGCCGGUGACGGCGGCUUCUUCCCGUACGGGAGCCUCGGGUGGGCCAGCGGCGGUCCCGGGCACCGGCGCAGCUCGUCGGUGAGCGAGCUCUGCCUCGGCGGGGCCGACGGCUUCGGCUUGAAGCCGUGCCUGUACUACGCCCGCGGGUACUGCAAGAACGGCAGCGCUUGCCGCUUCGUGCACGGCGACGACGCCGGCGCCACCAUGGAGCAGCAGUGCCAGGACAUCCUCCUACUCCGCUCCAAGUCCCAGCGCCUUGGUGCCGGCGCCUUCCCCUACUCCCCAACCGGCUCGCUCCCUGGCUCCCCCUCGGUGGCCAGCAAGUGCCUGAGCUUGCUCUUGCAGCAGCAGAACGAGAACCAGAGGGCGGCAGCUGCAGCGGCCGCCGCAGCGCUGAUGCUGGGGGGCGACGAGGCGCACCACAAGUUGAUGGGGCGGCCGCGCACCGACUUGGCGAGCAUGAUGAACCCCGGCUCGCGGCAGAUUUACCUCACCUUCCCGGCGGACAGCACGUUCCGCGAAGAGGACGUCUCCAACUACUUCAGCAUCUACGGCCCCGUCCACGACGUGCGCAUCCCGUACCAGCAGAAGCGCAUGUUCGGGUUCGUCACCUUCGUCUACCCGGAGACGGUGAAGCUGAUCCUGGCCAAGGGCAACCCGCACUUCAUCUGCGACGCGCGCGUCCUCGUGAAGCCCUACAAGGAGAAGGGCAAGGUCCCCGACAAGUACAGGAAGCAGCAGCUGCAAGGUGAGAGGCUGGAUUUCUCCAACGGGUUAGACGCCAAAGACUCCUUGGAUCUGCACCAGCUCGGUGCGAGGAUGCUGCAGCACUCCAACAGCGCCAACGAGAUGCUGCUGAGGAGGAAGCUGGAGGAGCAGCAGGCAGCCGAGCUGCAGCAGGCCAUGGAGCUCCAGACCCGGCGCCUGAUGGGCUUGCAGCUGCUAGACCUCAAGCCACGCUCUUCGCCGAGCCCCAUCGGCAUGCCCUUCAGUCCCACCCGGGCUGUCGCCUCCCCAACCGUCGAUUCGCCGCCUGAUUCCGCAGUCGAUCAAGGCAAGGGCAGCAGCUUCCUUCUUCCCCAGAGGCGGGCGGUCAACGGAGGCGAUAAGGAGGAAUCUAGCGGCGAGGCGAGCCCGAACGCAGACAGUGACCAAAGCGCGGAGCAUAACCUGCCGGACAGCCCUUUCGCGUCGCCGACCAAGUCAGCCGCAGCAUUUGCUCAUGAUCCUUUCACACCCACGGAGUCGGAGAUCGCAGCGGCGGCCUCUCCCGGGCGCAGCACCGCCUCCUUCGCCGGCAUCAACAAUGGUGGCCUGACUGCCCAUCUCAGGCCCUCUGCCCUGGACAUACCUUCGCCAAAGCCAUACUUCUUCCCCAUGUCCAGGCUGUCCUCCGAUCGCGGCGCGAUCGGGAUGUAAAGUUGUCCUCAAUGGGAGGGAGUAUGAUACUACUGGCUAAUCAUAGAAUACUUACUAGAAGCAAAGAAAGAAGAUAGUGGAGUAUAGGAAAAAGAAUGGAGAAGUUGCAGCAUAGUGUUAGUUCAGUUCCCUUUUUUUUCCUUUUCACUUUCAUGAGUUGAUAGACUUUAUGAAACAAACCACAAGUAGGAGAAGAUGCCAGCCAUGGCCGCCCACAAGCUGGGAAGCAGCUAGCAGCAACAGAUUAGUGCUCUCCUGUCCACAUUACCAUCUGCAUUACUACUAAUUACUACCAUUAGUGUACUUACUGUUACCACCACCAGUUUCCAGUAUCCAGUUGAUGUAUUACUAGCACAGUAGGACCUGACCUAGUAGCUCCAUGAUAUGCUACUGCUACAACAGCCACUAGUUCAUACUACACUUGACAGCACUAGGUGUGAUGCUUACCAACCACAUGAAGAUAGGUAACUCUACCUUGUUUGUUUGCCUGUAUGCAAACAGCCAUGCAAGGCAGUGCGCAGAUGUGACAGGCUUUGGCUUGGAGGAGGUUGGUCCAGUGUGUGUAUUGUAUGAUGUAAAAAGAUGUCACAAGAUGGAGAAACAAACGAGUGCAGUGUAGGUGUGUGAUUGAAGGACCACCACCGUCCGCAGUCUGCUGAUGCCGAACUAGAACCAAGCUGUUUGUCAAUAUAGGAAGGAGAGGUGUCAGCGUUGUUGGCUGGGUGGGGGGUUGUUCAUGGAUGGUCCCCUCUUCUUUCAGCAGAUGCAGCUCACUACAAAAGAAAAGAUGUUUCUUUUUCCUUUUCGUUUUUUUUAACUUUUGCUUCUGUCGAAUGAAUCUGCUGUAGUGACAGUGUUAUUGUUAUACAUACAAAUUAAAGGAAAGAAAGUGAAAGAUAUGGAAAUAAAUUUUCCCUCUGCC